AUGAGUAUUUUAUUCAAAGAGUAUUCCAUUUCCUGCAAGUGUUCCUUAACAAGCUUUACUCACAAUGACACUGUGCCAUUUGUGACUUUGAUGGAGUUGAGGGUUGACUUUUCCGCGAUCGCUGAGGGAAUGGACAAGUCUAAUGAAGGUUUCCUGAUAGAUAAAAGAAAGCUCAGAGAAGUGGGUCACGUUGGUCGACAACCGCAUCCUCAUCCAUCAGAGUGGUCAACUGAUGAAAAAGAAGGUGCUCUGAGUGGUCAGCUGACAGGAAAGAAUCCACCACACAAGCACGCUUGCAGUGUGGUUGAAACCUUCCCUACACUCCUCAAUCCUUCGCCCGGACAUCCUAUCCACACGAUUAUCUACGACAUGGACUCGCUGAUCUCAUCUAUCCAGCAGCCAGGGGAAACCAACCCUUCACGCUAUCUGAUGGACCUUGAUCUAAUCUCCAAAACCAUCGAAGACUGGUUACAAUCUAUACCAAUGACGGCUGGGCUAGCUAAAUGUCUGGAAGCAGUUACAGAGAUAGCUGAGAACGAGAUGGAAUCAUUCAAAAAAAUCGCAUCACAUCUGAAGCGCUUCCAUAUAGAAUCUCGAGGGGACGAGUUGAGAAUUGACUCGGCCAGGCAGACUAAAAUCAUACCCCAAAUGCCAUCCAUGACGCCACUCAACAGCACUCCCCCGAAACUAGCCACUUCCUAUAAGUUGAACAGUGUACCUAGUGUGCCUGAAACACUACGGCAGCAAUUUAAGACUCAACCCGAUCUUUCUUCCCCGACACCCAAUAUGCCUGGGUUUGGACACUCCACAACGGUACUGUAUAGGUCUACAUUCAUCGAUAACUCAUCCAGUUCAUUGCUUGAGGGAGGCGAAAGGGAACUAGCCAGAAAAGGAGGUCGAAAACCAGACGAGAACGAGAGCACUGAUCGAUCGCGCCGCCAUUCGGCACGUCUAGCUUGCUCAAGAAAGAAGCUUCCAAGUCCAGAGAUGGAUUCUUCCACAUCGUCUGGGCCUUCAAAACCGCGACGUUUCAGAAUUCAAGAUAUUGAAACUGCGGCCAAUGACGAGAGUCAGCCUCCUGCAUUCCGCGUAGACACACCUUCACCAGGUCCAGGAGAGAGGACCAAUCUAUCAGCACAAACCGCCUCGAUCAACGAGAAUGGGCUUAACAACCCUUCAUCUGUAGCAUCUCCUUUGGUUGCUGACGAGCCCAAGUCAUUUUGGAUUCAAAAGAUCGACCUUUACCGAAGCGAAUCGGUUCAAAGGCAGGCUGUGCUUAGUUCUGAAAUAGCCGCGAUCCAUGAGGCAUCACUUGUGUUGUUAAAUGCUCUCACACUAGGUUCUUGCACUCAGUUCGAUCCAGAUGAGUUGCUUUCCCAUCCCGUGACCUUCAGCACUUUGGGACAACCACGUAUUCAUCAACAAUUAUUCACUCCAAGCAAGGGAACCAUCUGGUACCAGCCACAGAUAUUCAAUUUUCGUACAAUUUCAACUUCUUCUCCCUCGAAGGAAGUUCCGAUUCAUGAGCGUUACUUAUGGGACACCAUCAAAGUAUUUCACAACCCCACCUAUACUCUUCUCGAACGGGGCAUGCAUUACGUCCUGGCCGCUCUUGUUCUGAUUGGAACUGAUGCCGACAGAAUCCGUCCAUCUAAAAAAGUGUCACACAAAGCAUCGAUGUCUCGUGGGACCCGUAACGCUAUCACAUGUUGGCAGCACUUUAAGGAACUUUCAUCACUUCGAUUAGAUAAACUUCAAGAUACAGAAUCAGCGUCCCGUGAGAGUUGUAUUCAAGAUCUAGAUCGGUUCAUUGUUUCCAUCUACACGAUGAUAGAAACAUUUGCAAGUAUAUGGGCUACAACAACCCUUGAUGACGAAAUUGCGACCUGCACCAAUCACAUAGCCAAUAGUGCACAACCUGACUCCGCGGAGGCCUUUGCGGCUCGCAAAGAGGAACUCAUCAAAACCCGCGCUCAAAUCACCAUCUCACAUCAGAAUCUGUCAGUUCUUGCUAGCUUCCUCUGUUCUGGAGUCAAGGGUUUGAUGAUCUACCCAAAAGACAAGCACACCUUAUCCCCGCUCCGCGCAAUCAACUUUUUACUUGUAACUCGACAUCUCUCAAAGCCGGGCCAAUCUGUAGAAGAACCAAUCUGGAAAAGAACACAAGCGUACAUAGUAAAUUUUAUGAAAGCUGUGAUUCAAUCGAAAGAGGAAUGGGUACCAUGUGAACUGAAUCGCGAUCAUUUGGCCAAGGCACUGUUCCUUGAUUUUUCCAAUUAUUUUCUGGCACACCUGACAGAAAUCUCGUCAAGGAAUGAAUGUAUACGUAUGACGUUGAGGAUGUGGCGCGAUUGUCUAUGGUUGCAAAUGAUGUUGUACAGAGCGGGACUCAAGAUCAUGUGCUCAUCUGAUGAACAAACAAAGUUUGCCUCGUACUCAAAAUCUUCCUCAACCUACUUUUGGGAGGUCCCGGUUGUCGACAGCCGUGGGCACUACGACACGACUUGGGAAUGUGCAUGGCCUAUGGGUUGUAAGGUUCACUCUUAA